AUGCGCCAUCACGCAGAAUUUCAAGUCUACAAAAAUAAUGAAUUAUCCAACACGAUAAUUGGAAGGGAAGAGUUCCGUGAGCAGUCGGAAGAUGCUAGUUACUGGGGUCUUCACGAAGAGGAUAAAGUCCACUAUGCACUAAUUCUCGACCCAAUAAAUGAAGAAGAAGAAGAAGAAGGAGAAGAAGAAGAAGAAGAAGAAGAAGAAAAAGACAAAGUCUACUAUAAACGAAGUCUCACCCCGAUAAGAGAAGAAGAAGAAGAAGAAGAAGAAGAAGAUUCGUAUGAGCAGUCGGAUGAUGAAGGGCAUUAUCGUUGGCAACCGAAAGAUGAAGACCAGUCUUGUGAGCAGUAUGGAGAGUACUCCUGUGAGUGGCUCGAAAAUCUCCGUAAGAAGUCAGGAGAGCAUUGUGCGGAGAUGAUGAGGAAAGAGCAAAAUGCGGAUCUAGAAGAGAGACGUCAGUGGAGUGGUGGAAGUAAAAGAUGUAUUUCUAUUUAA